AGAGUUUAUGUCAGAGCGUCCUCGGUCAGUCUCACCGUCGCCACAGAUGAGCAGACGACAUCGGUGUUAAGGAGAAUCCGCCACACACGACUCAUGGAUCUACACUCACCCAUAGAAUAUAUGACCAUGUGGACAGAUACACAGCAUCCUGAUAAAUUACGCUCCGGUUAAGUUGUGACUAGAUUUAGACAGCUAUCACCGAUGGCAGAAGAAGAUGAGCUGGCUGGAGCAUCAGAAUUCAUCAAAGAUCGUCUGUACUUCGCCACUCUGCGUGGAAAACCGAAGAACACGGCGACAACUCACUUCUUCAGCGUUGAUGAAGAAUUCACUUAUGACAGUUUCUAUGGCGACUUCGGGCCGCUCAACCUGGCCAUGGUGUACCGCUACUGCGUCAAGCUCAACAAGAAGCUCAAGUUCUUCACAAUGUCCAAAAAGAAAUUGGUCCACUACACCAGUCAUGAGCCGAAGAAGAGAGCCAACGCUGCUGUUCUCAUCGGUGCCUACACGAUCAUUUACUUGAAAAGAAGUCCAGAUGAAGCCUACAGGAAUCUGAUCUCAGGAGGCAACUCAAGCUUCCUGCCCUUCAGAGACGCUGCAGUAGAAGAAAGCUCCUUCAACCUCACUGUACUCGACUGCCUGCAAGGAAUACACAAGGCUUCGCAGCAAGGUUUUCUAGACUUUGAAAAAUUCAAAGUUGAUGAGUACGAACAUUAUGAGCGUGUUGAAAACGGAGACAUGAACUGGAUCAUUCCCGGGAAAGUUCUGGCGUUCAGCAGUCCACAUUCUCGCAACAAAGUGGAAAAUGGUUACCCUCUGCACGCUCCAGAAACCUACUUCCCGUACUUCCGUCACCACAACAUCACGGCUGUGGUGCGUCUGAACAGGAAGUUGUACGAGGGCCGGCGAUUUGAAGACGCCGGGUUCGAACACCACGACCUUCCGUUCCAGGACGGUGGGAUCCCAACAGACCUCAUCACCAGGCGCUUCCUGCACGUGUGCGAGAGCGCGACGGGGGCUGUGGCCGUGCACUGCAAAGCUGGUCUCGGACGGACGGGCACUCUCAUUGGCUGCUACCUCAUGAAGCACUUCCGCUUCACCGCAGCUGAGGCCAUCGCUUGGAUCCGAAUCUGCAGGCCUGGCUCCAUCAUCGGACCCCAGCAGAACUUUUUAGAGGAGAAACAGCACAGUUUGUGGGUCCAGGGCGAUGUCUAUCGCUCCAAACAGAAGCUGGCUCAGAACCGUCUGGCCCGCCGGCAGCAGCUCCAGCAGCAGCAGAGCCACAGUAUGGACUGUGAGCGGACGAAGCCUGAAGCUAUAGAUCGCCUGUUCAGCAGCAUGGAUAACCUGAGCAUCAACAAGAGCCCCAGAUCAUACGGGUCAGAUGAGAACUUUGAUCACGCCAGUCAAACGCAAGGCGACAAACUCAGGGCGUUGAAAGGAAACAAACCUCCUCGAUCAACGUCCUCAUCAUCAAGGCUUAAUCUCACCAAAACCUGGACGUCCUCUUCCACCCCCCUUCAGCAACGCUCCAAUGUCAUCACCAGUCUCUUUUCUGGCAGGUCCACUUUCCUGAACUGAUAUGGAUCCAGACGUCCUGAACUCAUCCACUCCUCUCAGCCUUAAACAGUCCUCCAAACUCUUGCAUAAAUAAAACCGUAUACUUGAAGGUCGCUGCAUGUCUGGUGCUAAGAGAUUUUUUUUAAAUAAGUGAUGCCUAGAGGGACCGCCUGAACCUCUCCAAAGGAGGACUGGAGACAGUUGGCCACAAUAAAUACCUCUGCACAGACAGUUCACGCUUAAAACUAAUAUAUCUGAUGUUCUACUGAGUUAUUUGGUCUCUACAAGUUUUCAGUCGGGUCAUAUCAGCUGUUCAUCACUGUGCGUAAGUCAGAUGGAAAAAUGCAGCAGCAUCAUGCUUCAAAUGCAGUAACAAAUACUAAAUAUUACAUACAAAAACAUGUAUUUUUGCUAUGACAUCUAUCUUUGAAUGUUAUGAGGAACAAACACUCAGAACAGCUGAGUUGUGACUAUCAAACAUUUAAAAAUUGAGAGCAUUUCUGAAUAUCUAAUGCAUGUAUGUAGCAUUUAAGCAUGAAAAUAUUUAUUUGUCAAUUGUUUUGUUUUUGAAUCAGUUGCUGUGGUUCGUAUCUUUUUCUUUUGUGCUUUUUGAAGUAGAAUUGAAAAGGUGAACCUCCACUUUAUGGGACUCCCAACUGCAAAUGCACUUUAUUAAGUCAACAUAUGUGUGACAUCUUUAGGUUUAAAUGUCGGGAUGUGACUCAGAUAGAAAGUGUUUUGAGACUGAAUAAACUGUUUCUCUCUG